CUGUGACGAGGCAAUUUCAAACAUAUCGUAUAAACUUGCCGCAGGUGCUGGAUUGCUUGGUGAAGCUACAAAAACUAGCGACUUUCUUCGGACAUCCGAGCUGCUACAUAGUCUUACAUCAUUGAUGCCAUUGUAAUUCAUUCAUGAUGAGUUCUCAGUAUCCAGAACUUAAGGGAUAUUAUCAUCUUCGUGAAACCAUUGGAUCAGGUGGUUUUGCGAAAGUAAAGCUUGCAUACCAUGCUCUUACUGGGGAAAAAGUGGCAGUAAAAAUCAUGGAAAAAAAAUCUUUGGGUGAAGACCUUCCUCGAGUAAAAACAGAGAUUGCAGCCAUGCAAGAACUGUGCCAUCAACACAUUUGUAAACUCUAUCAGGUUAUUGAGACAGAUGAGAGAUUUUAUAUGAUUUUGGAGUAUUGCCCAGAAGGAGAGCUUUUUGACUACAUUGUAUCUAAAGAUCGCCUGGAUGAGUUGGAAGCUCGAAUGUUUUUCCGGCAAAUUGUCUCAGCUGUGGCUUACAUCCAUAGUGCUGGAUAUGCACAUCGGGAUCUCAAACCAGAGAAUUUGUUACUGGAUGAGUAUCAGAAUCUGAAACUGAUUGACUUUGGUCUGUGUGCCAAGCCAAAGGGAGGGAUGGAGAACCAUCUGUACACUUGUUGUGGAAGUCCAGCUUAUGCUGCACCAGAGCUUAUUUCUGGCAAAGAAUAUCUAGGGUCUGAGGCAGAUAUAUGGAGCAUGGGUGUCCUUCUGUAUGCUUUGCUGUGUGGGUAUUUACCAUUUGAUGACGAGAAACUGUCUCAUUUAUACAGAAAAAUUCAGAGUGGCAAGUAUGAGACUCCUGAAUGGCUGACAGAAGAGACGAAAGAGUUGUUGUCUCAGAUGCUACAGAUAGAUCCCAAGCAGCGUAUUACAGUGGCUGGGCUUCUAAAGCAUCCGUGGGUCAAUCAUAGUGUCAAUGUGCCUGUUGAAUGGGCCAGCAAGUACAAGAGAAUAAUAGAUGAUGACUGCUUGACAGAGCUAGCAGUGCACUAUGGAAAGGGACGCACUCAGAUGGAACUGAUGAUUUCAAAGUGGAAUUAUGACUAUUUGACUGCCACCUACUUCCUGUUGCUGGAGAAAAAAAUGUCAGGAAGACCAGUACGACUGCUACACAGGCCUAUUGUCAGCAGGAGCACUCCUAAUCCUAAGGUUUGCUGUGAAAGCCAGGAGUCAACGAGUGUAAAUGAAGAGGUACCCCAGUCUCCAGUCAUUCUGACAACCCAGAACCACAAUAUUAUAGAGUCUAUAGAUGGCCUUGGCUAUACACCCAGCAACAAACCCUCUUCUCCCAGGAAGCAGGAACGUACAAAAGGUCAAGCAAGAGAAAGGCUGGUUUUUGAUGAGGAGCCAGCAAGGGCUAGGAAGAAAGAGCAAGAUAAAGAGAACUUUGCCGUCCCCAGGUCACCCGUGAAACCUAAAACACCAGCAAAAACAUCAGUUCACAAGAUUCACGGUCGCUCCAGGUCUAAAUCACCGCUCAUGGGCAGGCAACUUCAACAGCGAAUAACUGUGGAUGAUUCUUCAUGCACACCACAGCAACAAAUGGAGGAGUGCUACAGAAACACAACGCUAUCUCCAUCACGGUCUUAUGACUCUCAACUCCAUGCUCUUGCCGCACAGGUUACACCUAUAAAAGAUGUUUACAGAGAGGCUUCACGAUCAGUAGAUGAUGCACUGUACCAAGCACACUGGUCAACUCCUGGCAGCUGCAAUAAAACCAGGAAGACCUCUAAGGGGACAGUCUUUGGCAGCAUUGAGCGCAUGAUCAACAUGCUUACUCCCAAGAAACAACGAGGCUCCUCAUGUGACGGUCCUCGUAAAGUUAAGGCUUUACACAACGUGUUCAGGACCAUGGAGCACAAUGCAGAUUAUGUGCUGAGUAUCUUGAAGCACACUAUGGAGGACAUGUGCAUUCCUUACAAACAGAGCGAUUACACAUUGCGCUGUACCGUUAUGGAUGAUUGGGGUCGUGUACGCCUUGCCUUUGAUCUUGAGGUGUGUACCAUGCCAAAGACUUCUUGCAUAGGAGUCUGUCGCAAGCGAGUUAAGGGUGACACAUGGCAUUAUAAGAAACUGUGCAAGGACAUCGUCAUGUCAUCAAACAUUUGCUGAGCAAGAUUAAGCAUAAGGAUGCCUGUCUGUUAAAUCUUCUGUGACGCCUGAGCCAUUCCUGUGUUAGCUGCCUUGAAGUGCGUUUUUGGCUGUUGGAAAGGUUGUGCUCAUCAAGCGAACUCAGUGUUCAGAGGUUGGUGUGGUGAAAUUUCAUUAAAGCUAGGACUGUGAGCAGCCUUUACAUGAGGUCUUCCACUCUUCUUUUUCCCUUUUUUAAACAUUUGCUUUUAAAUAUGCCUUUUGUUAACUAUUUUAAGAGCAGGGAAGAAAUAACACAAAGAAUUGUAUGCAUGUCAAAACUUUUGACCAAGAAGUUCUAUUAUUUUUGUAUGCAAUACCUUGUAAAACAGAUUGUAUAUAUUUUAACACAGAAACAAUGGUGCUUUAUCUAUGUCCGCUGAAAUAAUAGAUAGGCUUUGGCCAUGUCUAUAAUCAAAAUUAUGCACAAACUGGCAAGCAAACUGGCAUGUGACGACAGGUUUUUCUCCCAAUCUCUUCUCUCACUUGCCAGAUGGUGCUGGGGUGUGUGAAAAGUACAGUCCUUCUCUAGCAUUUUAUUUGUAUUUUCAGAUAAUAUAAUCCUUUAUUUUGUUCUGACAGUCAUCAGUGCAUAGUUAAUUUUAAAAAAAUCCAUUUAUGUCUCAAUAUUUGAUGGAAGACCAGUUUAGCUGACAUUGAUGGUGAAAUGUUCAUUCUUUGAAAUUCAUAGCUGAACAGAGAAAGUGAACGAAUUUUACAGUCAGGAUUGAUAUUGAAGCAAAAAAGUAUCAAUAGAAGGUAAAUAUCAUGGGCUUAAGUCAGUGAGAUCUACUAUUGUAAAUGCUAAAAGAACAAGUUGGUCAGUUUCAUUCAGAAUGCAUGAGCUUUGAAGGACACACACUUAAAAAGGCACAAUAGACUGCUACUACAAUUUGUAAGGCUACCAGCCUCAAAAGAUUUUAAAACAUCUAGAAUUUCCUGUUUCCUUUUAAAAAUCUGAGGUCUUUUCCAGUAUUCAGGUACUUGGUGUGUAAUAUCUCAUUUACAGUGAACUGGAAUUAAACAAAGUAUGGGAAAUCAUUGUGAAAGUUCUUUGCACUAUGUUAUUUAAGUAUUUUGUAGCUAGCUGCUUUUUGAGAGGCCAGCAGAAGAGUGUAUGUGUACAUGCAUGUGCACACUCAUGUGCAAGUGGGUGUUCAUAAUUGUUGUUUUCCUGAAACAAAUAUGAAAUAUUGGCUUAUCAGAAUGAGAAUAUAUUAAGAAGAAAUUAAAACUUGAUUGUGAUUUUUGUUUUGGAGUGUUUUUUUCUUUUUUUGGGUCAGUGCCUUUAACAAUGCGCAUGCUAAAACAUCAAAAAAGUUAAGAGAUUUUAUGAAAUGUAGAUAGUGGUUUUUUUCUUUUUUUUGCAUUUGUAUUGGAAAGAAAUGGUACAAGCACCCUUUAGAAUAUGUUUAAUUAUGGCAGCCUGAUAAUUCACUUUAUCUACUUUCACAACAGUUCAGCUAACAACAUAAGAUGGUUUUUUUUUUGUUGUUUUGUUUUCCCCAUUUUUGUUACCGGCACAUUUAAGAAGGAAAAAUAAGGCACUGAGUUGUUCUUCAUAUAAUAUAGGUACAUAACUCUAUUCUGUUUUGUCGUGAUAAUGCAUUAGAGAUUCUUAUAAAACUCGGUGUAUUCAAGAUGGUUAAAGGUGUUUAUGUGUUAUUGAGGCAGUUGCUGGUGCAGUGGUUAAAACACCUUAAGCCAUGAUGGUGAUAACUGGGUGUCAGUUUGAAUCUCUGACAUACAUCCCUCUGGAUGUGACACUUGCUUACAGGGUAGACUGCUGGUUUUCUACUAGGGUGUCUUCCCCACUCUCCUUGUAUGUGUUUAUUCGUGUCUCUCUUGAUCCUAUUCGCCCUAUGUGGAUCAUAGGGCCGUAACUACACCCCGCCAUCAGACUCAGUUCUGGUUGUCCCUUUCCAGUUGGGGUGUGUUCAUGUAGAAAGGUGCAUUUGAUGCCUACCCUCAGAACCUGUGCUCAUGCAACUGCAAAGUGCUUUAAACCUGGCUUUGUUGCUUGGAAAAUGCACUAUAUAAAUGUGUUCUAUUAUUAUUAUUAUUCAGGUAUUAAUGUGCCAUGGAUAUUUCAUUGAGUGUAUUUGUCCACCUCAAUGUGAUCAAGGGCUCGGAUGUAAGCAUGUAAACAUGGAUUAAGCAAAAUUUAUGCUUCCUCUUAUUUCACAUCUUUUAACUUUCAUCUUAAAUGAGAAAGGUUAAGAAUUAUCAAAACAUAGAUAGCACCCUCAAGACCACAGACAUAACUAAAACACUUAAUGGAUGGCCUCAGAUGAUGUGGCAUUAAGAAAAAGCUUUGAGCUGUUGGCUGAGCUGCAACAAGUCAGUUUCGCUGGAUGUAAAGAUGAGCUUUGGUGGUUAACAAUAUUUUGCAGUCCCCAUGCAUCUAACAUGAAACAGAAGCAUAGAUAGCAUAAUAAUUAACACUGCUUUUGAAAGAUCAUGAAUUUACAAUAAGCACUCCUAGUUAGUUACUGCUUUUUAGGUGAUAGCAUUGUGCCAUUUAGACUAUUUUGCUUACCCACUAAACUUAUGCUACUGUAUCAUUUUUUGCUAACAUUUCAAAACUUAAAACUCAUGAAUUUAUAUUUGUAAAUUUGCAGUUGUAUUUUGGGUUCUAUGUUAAUAUUUUGAUUGUUCUUUAGUACUUGUAUUUUUGCAUCAAAUAUUUGAAACCAUCUGGUAAAAUAACAUCAGUUUUGUUUUAAGUUUUAUGUUGCUUGUGAAAAGCAUGUUACUAUGCUUCACCUUUCAUAUGCACACCAUGAUACUUUCAUCACUUAAAAAUACAAACACUGGUUAAAGAUUGGAAAAAGUUUUAUUGUCAAGUAUUAUGCAUGUAAAUAUUGUGGCCUUGAUAAGCUACACUUAAUCACUGAAAGGAACAUUGAGUAAACUGAUGUUUAUAUGAAGAAAGUAAUAGAAAGAGGAGCACUUUGAGAAAUGGCAGAACUGGCAUACACAGUACUGUGUAUGCCAACUGAUGGAGAUAUUACAAAAAUAAACUUAAAAUGGAGCUUACAAAUGAAAUAUAUACAUGAUCAAGUUUUGUUUUUAAAUAGUAAAUAAGCUGAUAUUGGAAUAUGGCAAUAUCACUAGUGGGUUUUCUUUCUGGUUGUUCACCUGAGUUUUUAGCGAAAUGAUAGCAAGUGUGUGAGCUAUGUUGCUUGUUGCUCAUUUGUCCACACAGCACUUGUCCUGUUUCAUUCAAAGGGCAGCAAGUUUCUCAUCUAAAUAUAAUGAGAUUUGUGUGUCGCAUGGCAUUUGUACACAAUAAAAAAAAAAUCUUUGUUCUAUACCAAAACACUCAAAAAUUGCAUCUGCAUGUCCAGAGUUUAUGUAAGAAACUGGCUCUGAUGAUUCUUGCAUAUUCAUCAAAACAAUUCAUUCUUGCAUCUUUCAGAGUAUUUAAAUUCUCAUCAAGUGACUGAGUUAUGCAGUGAUGACAGAAAAGGCACUAGCACAUUGCCUGAAUGUCUAAAUGUGUGAAAGAUUGAAAGAGACAAGGCACAGGAACCUUUUGGAAAAAAAUGGUAUUGCACUUUUUAUCUACCAUUUUCAAAUUUAUGUGGGGCUAAAACCAAGUCUUACAUAAGUUGAAGGUGUGAAAAAUGCAGCUUCAUUUAUGCUCAAUGUAUAGAAACAGCAAGUAUUACAUUAAAAACCAUUUCUGAAAGCAGAUAUGAAAUUUAUAAGGGAAAAUGCAUGCUUCAGCUAAGGACAAUAUAGCUGAUGCUACAGCACCUCCUUCCUCAAAGUAGUGAUAGAGGCUACAACCAUAAUCUAAAGAGACUUGCCAGCUGCGAUAGCCUGUAUAGAACCAUUACACAGAACUUAUAAUUUUUACGUUGAUGACCAACUUUGAUUCCCUAGGUUUUCAUUGAUAUAAAUAACAUAGAGAUUAUAUAAAUAUAUAACUGUUUGCAACUCUAUACACUGAAUGCACAACAUGAAUCAUCUGCUCAAAACAACCUUGCUUGGACAAUAGGCAUGAUUAAACAGUCAAUUAGCAUGUAAUGUAUUUCACACAUUUAAAUUCAAUGAUUCCAAACUGGCAAAUAUAACCAAAAUUUAAAAUAACCAAGUAAAGCCAUUCCUAACAGUGCUCAAAUUAAUACACAUUUUAUAAACUUCUGUUCCCUCAAAUCCAUAAGAACAGAAUGAUUAGUUGCAGAUUUAUAAGAAUUUACCUUCUGAUUGUAUACUGACCAUAUGCCUUGAUUACAUAUAAAUCACAUGACUCUCCUGAGUUCUAUGAUCUUGAGUGGUUCUCUGAAACCUGUUCCAUGUUUUCAUGUAGCUCAGUGUUUUGCUAAUGUAGAGAGAAGUAAAAAGCACAGGUACAGCAGGAAGCACCCAAACAAAAGCAAAAGUAUGUUUUUUCCUUCCACCCUAAAAGCCCUUAACUGGACAAAAAUGGCAGAACAUUUGACCAAGUCUAGCAAAGCUGUUCUAUAAGUGCCAUUUAAAAACUUGGUCAAAAAUUCCUCCAUAAGAGCCUUAAGACAAUAUGCCAUUGUUGUCCAAAGAAGAAAAGUAGCAACAAAUCUAGUCAAAGGAUUUCACAGCUUGGAUUUCUCUUUGUAAAGAGAAUACUUCAGAAUAUAAAAGAUGUCUAAAAUACAGCACCUUACAAGAAUGAAAUUGGUGUGCUUCUCCGUAAUCUACUCUCUCUUCAUGCAGCCCAUAAUUUUCCCACCACUGAAAAUUGAUCAUUUCUAGCUGUCAGUGACACUCCACCCCCCACCAAAAACAAAAAAGAAGAGCAAACCCACUAAGACCUUUUGCAUCUCUGUUAGGUCUUGACACUCCAUCUUUAUAUAAGGCUUCUGAGAAUGUUAUAUUCAUUUUGACAGUUCACACUAGUGUCAGCAUCAUCACUUAACUGGGAAAAAAUUCAGCUUGUCAUAGGUAUCCUUGACUUCAAUUCAUGCAGAGCAAAAGUUACCGCCUUAUGUAUCUUCACUUCUAAAUGACACCGAAUAAAAAAGACAAAAUGCUGUUUAUAUAUAUAUGUUGUGUUAUUGAAGAGUGCUAAGGGUUUACAUACAUACAGCAGGACAUCAGCGGUAUGGUCAACAAAAACAGAUAUACAUAUACAAGCACAAAAAACAAAAAAAC